AUGAAAAUACUAAUAAAAACAUUUUUUAGUUUUAUUGCGCCAAUGGAAGAUUUCAUUAUUGAAUCAGAUGAUAAUACAGUAAAGUUUAAAACAAGAAAUAAAAAAUGGGUAAAAAAAUUACAUCCCAAUGAUUUAUUUUCGGCACCAAUGUUUAUAAGGUGUAGUUUUUGUUUUAAAGGAAAAAUAGAUUUAAAUAAAUUUAUUUUAGCAUUAAAUGAGUCGUUUAAAGACUUUGAAAUGUUUUUAACUACUUUUAAAAAAGAUAAUAACAAUGAUAUCUUCAUAUGUUAUAAAGAGAAUGAAUAUAAACAGGUAUUGGAGAUUGAAGAUAGACCACUAGAUCUAAUUGAAAACAGUUAUAGUAAAGUUGAAAACCUUGUUCCAACUUUAAAAACGAUAUGUCCCAUUCAAGAAUCUGGUAUUAGUUUACAUUUAGAUGGUUUAAAAAUGGCCGCAUUCAAACUAUCAAUUUUUGAAAAUGGUUUUUGUAUUGGUUAUAAUAUAAAUCAUGCUUGUAUAGAUCAAACUGGAAUUUAUUAUUAUUUUAAAUAUUUAUCUCAACUUUAUUCAUUCGGAAGAGAACAUUUAAAACUAAAAAAACCAGAGUUUAUUGAUUAUAAAAGCUAUGAAAAUAAAGAAUUUCAAUUUGCAGAUACAAAUGAGGCUCAUGAAUAUGCAAAAAAACUUGGAUUCUAUUAUAAAGAAAAAGCACAAGAUAAUAAUAUCUUUGAAAAAAACUCUAUUUUAUUUUUAAAUUUCAAUUUAAGGGAAAUCGAUAAUUUUAAAAAAGAAUCAAAUGAAACAACACUUUCAAAAAAUGAUAUAAUAAUUGGUAUAAUAUUUAAACUGUAUACUUUUUCAUCUCAUUUAAAUGAAAAUCAAGAUUUUAAUUUAAAAUAUAUUUCAAGCGUUAGAAAACAUGGUAACAUUGGUGAAGAAAUUAUGGGUAAUAUAUUUAGAUAUAAUGGAAUUUCGUUAAAAGUUGGGGAAAUCAGAAAAAUGAAUAUUAUUGAACUUUCAAAAAUAAACAGAAAAAGUGUUAAUAGUAUAACUAUUGAUCAUUUUAAAAAUGAUAUUAGCUGGUUUAACUAUAUUCACUCAUUAGAUAACUAUGGUUAUUUUAUUCCAACUAUCUAUGGAACAAAUAUUUCAAAUUGGAACUCUCUAGAUUAUAAUAAAAUUCAGUUUGGCAGCUCAACUCCAUUUGCUUUAAAAACAUUUUGUCGUGCAAGAGAUGCAACCAAUUAUCUUUCUUUUGAUAUUGAUAAAAACAAUAACAAAACAAUUACAACAUCAAUAUCAGUCCCAAAUGAUAGUAUUGAAAGAAUUAUUAAUUUUUCAAAAGAUAAUAAUUUAUUUUCAAUUAAAUAA